AUGGCCAGGCUUAACGAAAUGCCGGCGCCGACAGAGAGCAUCGAAACGCUUCGCAAGAAGAUGCUUCGCCAGAAUAGGGAACUCGCAAAGACAAAUAACAUUCGGGCCUUACGAAUUCGAGAGCUGGAGAACGAGUGCGCCUGUAUGCUAUCCGAAAAUCUCGAACUGCGCAGCCGCAUACUGGAGCUGGAGAAACAAGUCGAAGACAAUGAAGCGCAAAGAAUUGCAGAUCACGCAAUGGCCAUCAAAGCCAGAUUAGAAUCGCAGCUUACGGAAUGGGGCUCUCUUAUUGCUGAAUUAGGCCUUGAGCCUCCCGCAAAGAGACACUCUCCCAUGAUAAGGAGAAGGCCGAAACAGACAAUGGGCUUUAGCGCAAGUCGCCCCAGUCCAUCGCAGAGGAGGCUACGCGAGAUCGCAAAAGAUAUUGAGGAGUUGGGCCAUAUUGCGGAAAAUAAGAGCUAUCCUCGGAGAUCUAUGAAUCCUGAACAAAUCAUGGCGCUGCGAUCAGAAGCAGACAUUGACGCUGAAUCACCAGAAUUGGGUCCUCCACCAAUGUCUAAAUAUAUUGAAGAAGACCCGGUCAAAAUCGACUCACCCAGUAGAUUAAAGUCCGUCAAGGAAAACGAUGAACCUUCCAACAGCUCGAAAGCGAGAAAACUUGAGCCGCCAGUUGCUCUAUCUUUAUCGAAACCAGACGGCAACCAAAGCAACGUAACGUCUCCACCAAAAGAAGUAGAAAAGGAGAAAGAGCACAACGAAUGGCCCGUGGUAGCGCCAAGACGUGGGCGACCGCCUAAUAAGCCCAAAAAUGUCGUCGAAAAUGCACCAAUUGAACCCCUUAAGGCCGGGUCUAAACGAAAAUUUGGAGCUCGAGACGAUGACGAAUAUGUUCAACCCCAAAGAGUGACGGAUGAGAAUAGCAUUAGCAAGAUGUUGGGGGAAAAGACGCUGAUUCGCGACAAGGCUGAUGGAAGAAGCGUCAGUGAUUUUGCUAAGCUGAGAAAGAAAUCAAUGCUAGAUCUUUCAGAGAACAUUCGAAAACCACUAUCCGCCAAGAGCACUAACGACGAUAUCAAUUCUCCAAAGAAGAACCCUAAGAUGAAAUCAUCCAUAGCCGAUGAUAUUAUAGCAGCUAAGACCAACGCAGCAAAGCCAAAAGCCGCACCUGGGAGACCACCAAAAACGACGAAGCUUUCGUCUGUCAAAGCCGAAACUGUACCUAUUCUUACCGCUGAACCUCAGAGACCAUCGGAUGAUGUGCAUGAUUCGGCAGCACCCAUUAGAGAGUCUUCUUUAUUCUCACCCUCUUCUCCGGCACUAGCUACACUGCUCGAUGGAUCACGGGGAGACACGCCUCCGCCUAACGAUAUCUCGUCCAACGGAGAAACAUCACGGCCUAGUAGGCGGAAUAGGAUGACAAUCAGCUAUGCCGAGCCCAACUUGAGAGUCAAGAUGCGAAGGCCUACCAAAGAGCUAUUCGAUGCGGUAGCCGGAGAGGGGAAAUAUGCUCGACGAAUCAGCAACUAUGAUCCUGCCCUUUCUGAAUCAGCGAAAACCCAGCGGCAGAUAGAAGCGACGGAUAUUCCCCCAGAAAGUGAUAAGGUUCCGGCAAGCCCGCUGGCAACAAAACACCUGACCACUGAUAUUCUUUCCGGUAGUGUCGUUACAGAGCGACGCAAACGUUCCUCUAGUAUAGUGCCGAAGGCGAUGGAAGUUGCAAGCGAUAACUCAAUGGACAUGGAAAACGCCGAAAGCACCAAUCUUGAUAGCAGCGGGCUGGUAGAGAACGAUGUGUACGAAUUUACGAGCGGGUCGCCUCCGGACGAGAAAGAAGAGGUCAAACAACCGAAGAAAAGGGGUCGAAGACGGACUACUACCUCAAGGCAGUCGACUAUGAUGAUUGACGAGGAUAGUGAAAGGGAAGGUAUAUCAUUUAGGGAGAGGAACAACUCUCGGCGAAGGAGCAUGAUGAUAUAA